AUGGCCUCCAGCACAACUUCAUAUGCAUCCUCCAAGGAGACAACAAAUUAUGCUCGUCUGUGUCGUCUUCUUGUGGAUGUAGGAUCCCAGGCAUUGAGAAACACAUUUGAUAGUAUUCACCCACCGGCAGGCCUACAUGGAGUUCUUACAAAGCCUCCUGUACAUCCAAUACUGCAGACACUUAGAAAGAAGAGAAUUCUUAAUCCCACUCAAUGGGCCAAGCUGUAUCCCCCUUCACCUUCAUCAGUAUCUUCGAAAGAUUUUGACGUCACACUUCUCAUGUUGCUCUUAAGGAAUAUAUGUGGCUUGAUUCCUCCAACCACUGGAUGGGAUAAUCUCCCACCUGCUGCAGAUACGAGUGCUGAAGCCAACAUAGCUAGGGUUAAGUAUUAUAGGAACCAUGUCUAUGGACAUGCCAGCCGGGCAUCUGUAUAUGAUGCAACAUUUAAUACCUAUUGGCAGGAUAUAAGCAAUGCAUUGGUAGGACUGGGUGCAGAUGCUGCUGCUAUCAAUAGACUGAAGACUGAGAGUAUGGAUCCUGUUAUUGAGAAACACUACCAAGUAGUACUGGGGGAGUGGAAGAAAGAUGAUGAUAGCAGUAAAUACAGACUUGAUGAGAUUGAAGGUAACUUGAAAAGUCAGUAAUUAUUGUGGAUUGAAGAAAUAACGAUAAUCUUGUAACACUGUUAUGCAUAAAGAAAUGCUGCAACUGAGGGUGCAAGGCAUGGAUCGUUUCAGUUAAGAGGAUACAUGUCAAGGAAGAGUGUUGGGAACUUCAUGGCCUGCAAUACAUUCCCUAUAUUUUAGUAGGCUGUAAUGACUGGCAAACACCCAAGACCAAGCCUAAAUUUCAGCUGUUCCUUCGAGUUAGCUUCAGCUGACAUUUAGGUUAUCCUAGACCCUCCUGAAAAAGAAAAAAGACGAUUUGUAAAAAAAGUGGUACUGGUGAUGGUAUUUUAUAGCUUUACCCCCCCAAGAAACUCUUGUACCCUUGAGGUAUUCUUGUGAACACUUGCUUGAUAAUGAUUCCAGUUAACUAGACUUUUACCUGUGAUUCCUCCUGGACUGAUCAAUGGAUUUUUGAUUCUGAUAACAAACAGAGCUACUAAAGCGCAUGAAUGAUCAGCUAAUGGAAAGUCAAAGGAAAAUUAUAGAAAGUUUGACAGAUCAUGCAGCAGAAACAAAGCAAGAAAAAGGUAUGUCUAUCACUUUAUAAUAGACCUUGGUUGUAUUCUAGAGGGCACUUAAUAUACAUGCUCUACCUUGCACAACUUACAACCAGAUUUACAUUAAAUUUUCAGCUUAGACCCAUCAAUCGCACCGUUGAAGUUUUUCCCUCUGGUAUUUAAAAGUGAUGAGCCUUUUUUUGCUUUUUGUUUUUUUUUUUCGAAAACAUCAUCAAUUAGUUCUAACCACCAAGAAAAACAGUCUCUUGCCAACGAACAUACUUCUUUAGAUGGAAGGGUAAAUUAAAACAAACAUUAUUUGUAUUUAUUUUUGUAUGUACGCUAUACUCGCCUUUCCUGUUUCAGGUUUCUCUUUUGUCCAGUUUCUGAGACUCAUCUUACAAUGAUAGCACAAUCGCACCCCUUUAAUACGGACACUAGGGGUGGGAUGCGGUAGAAAUAGUGUCCUCAUUUACAGGUGUUUGUUUGAGGGAGAUUGAAUUUAGAGAUAAUGUUAGGGCUUUCCCUGCAACAAAAAAACUGUUUGUAAUAACGAGGUGCCCGCAUUAAGCGGACGUCCGUUGAACUUUAGAGAACUGCUUAUUCAAUAUGUCAAACAUUUGUUAACGUAGUUUCCUUAUUUACAUCAUAAACUAGCUCGGCUGGAAACCUAGUGACUCACAUAAUUUAUUUGAAAAAGUAUGUAAAGAUUAAGGAAUCCCAUCUUUCCACCAUGUAACGUGGGCACACUAUUAUUAUCGAACGACCAAACGCUUGGGUCACUCAUUUCAAAAUGAUAACAUGGAGAUCAGUGCUUGAAAAGAUAUGUGCUUCAGUUUUUGAGAAAUCUACAAUAAGGGACAAAAGUGUUGAGAUAUGUCCAUUGAAUGACCCCUUUUUGCAUAAGGUAGUCAUAUCCCUCUCCCUGUGUACCCCCACCCCAUCCCCCCCAAAUUAAUGUUGUAUCAGGAGCCGAGUCCUGGUUGUACUUUAAACCCUCAAGUUUUUCCUCAACAGCAAGUAACAUUGAUUUGGGGGUGGGGGGAUAAUGAUGUUUAAACAGAAUUGUAUGAUAAAUGGAUGAAAUUGUUGAUAAAAGUCUGCUUUUCAGGCAAGUACUGUGUCAAAGAUUGUAGCUUGCUUGUUGAACAGUGAAUUGAUUGUGUGAUCGCGUACAACAAGGAAGCUACAGAUACCCUCGUCUUUUAUCACAAGCUGCUUCUUGGGGAAUGUUUGUAAUAACGAGGUGCCCGCAUUAAGCGGACGUCCGUUGAACUUGGUUAGACUAACGCGGUGCUAUGAUUUUUUUUUCUAUCAGGUGCUUUUGACCCAACUGAAUUUAUCGAUGGCAUUCGCCAACUCUACAGCACCCGUGAAAGAUGGAUUGCACCCUUUCCGUGGUGGGAAAAAUUUCGGUUAAGCCUUGAUAACAAUUUUACCAGACUCAAAAUAGUGAGCAGGAAGAAAGAAAGAGGGAAAAAGACUGAUGAAACUGUUACGAUGAAGGAUAUCUUCAAACCACACGAGGAAUGCUUACAUCCUAGGACGGUGUUGAUUGAAGGGAAGCCAGGUAUAGGAAAGACCACAUUCUGUAAUAAACUUGCUUACGACUGGGCAACGAAGAAGCAAGGGGAGGAAAAUCCUUCAGGAAGUUUAUUCCCAAACUUCCAACUAGUUUUGUUGCUUAAGUGCCGAGAAAUAGAGUCUUACCUUUGCCGGGAAGGACAGCUUUUACCUCGAUCCAAGAAGGAACAACUGGAAGAAAUCUUUAAAUCCGUUCUUUGGAACGCCAUUGAUGAUCAACUUCUACCUCAAGAUGUCACAAAAGAAGAAAAGGAGGAAUUCUUCAAAUUCAUUCGCCACAAUCAGCCAGACAUUUUACUGGUACUUGACGGAUUGGAUGAGUUGCCUACCAAUAUGUUACCAGCGUUUAAGGAAGUAAUUCAAGGAAGAAUCUUACAGAGAUGUCACAUUGUAGUCACAGCACGACAGGAGGUUGGUAUGGAGGUGCGCGAAUGCUGCGAUAGGUUGCUAGAAAUUGAAGGUUUUACCAAAGACGACGCCCGAGAGUUUAUCGUCAAAUACUUCAAAGAGGACGCUCAUUUGGCCGAGAAGCUAUUAAUCAAACUAAACCUUGACGAAAACCUCAGACAGUUGACAGAAAGUCCUUUAAACACUGUACUUCUUUGUCUCCUAUGUGAAGACUUUGACGGAAUAUUUCCAGAGAGUGGUACACAGCUGUAUCUAGAAAUAGUAGACUGUGUUCUUAGAAGAUACAUGAAAAAGAAUGGUUUACCACUACCAAAGGCCAAGGGCGAAGACCUUACUAAGCUAUACAAGACUCAACUGAAACAACUUGGCUCGAUCGCGUUGAGCGGCCUCCUUCAGAAUAACAUGUCCUUUGAGGAAAGCAAGUUUGAAAAUUGUUCAGACGAAUUACCAGAAUUUGGCUUUUUGUCCGUUGAGUGUAGUCGGAGCAAACUGCGACCAUCUUUAUUCUAUUCCUUUUUACAUAAAACAUUUCAGGAACUAUUUGCAGCAUUUUACCUGUGUUGCCAAAUUCUGGAUAACACAAUUUUUCCAGAAAACAUGAUAACCGACCAUAGAUAUUUCCAUGAGCUCAAACAAGUGCUUGUGUUCACUUGCGGCCUGUUAGCUUUGCAAUCUGAAGAAAAGGUAAAGCCUUUGAUCGCCAGUAUUGCUGUUCAAGCAGACAAUGAUGAUAAAUUAUUGGUGGCAUUACAGUGCAUUGGCGAAUGUAAAAACGACUCACCUUCUUCUCCUCAUUGGCUGUUAGCUCAAACCCUUGGUUCCAUUAUUCAAAUAAAGGAGCUGAACCUGUCAGGCGACUGCCUUGGUCUUAAUGAGUGUACUGCACUGGCAGAAACAAUCAAGCACAAUUCAACAAUAACACAGUUGGAUUUGUCAUACAAUGACCUUGGUGAGGCUGAAUGUAUUGCACUAGCAGAAGCAAUCAAACACAAUUCAACAAUAACACAGUUAAAUUUGAGUGACAGUCUUCGAGGCGAUAGUCAGUGUACUGCGCUGGCGGAAGCAGUCAAAUACAAUUCAACACUUACAGAGUUGGAUUUGUCAUACAAUCACCUUUUUGCUGGUGAUUGUGACGCAUUUGCGGAAGCAAUCAAACACAAUUCAACAAUAACACAGUUGGAUUUAUCAUACAAUCAACUUGAUGAUGAUGGCUGUACUGCACUGGCGGAAGCAAUCAAACACAAUUCAACUAUGAUACAGUUGGAUUUGUCAUACAAUCUCCUUGGUACUGGUGACUGUACUGCUCUGGCGAAAGCAAUCAAACACAAUUCAGUAUUAACACAUUUGGAUUUGUCAUGCAAUGUAUUUGGUGCUGGUGACUGUACUGCGCUGGUGGAAGCAAUCAAACACAAUUCAGCAAUAACACAGUUGGAUUUGAGAGGCAGUUUUCGUGGUGCUGAUUACUGUCAUGUACUGACGGAAAUAAUCAAACACAAUUCAACAAUAACGCAGUUGGAUUUGUCAUACAAUGGCCUUGGAUUUGGUGACUGCACUGCUCUGGGGGAAGCAAUCAAACACAAUUCAACUAUAACACUGUUGGAUUUGUCACACAAUGAGCUUUGUUAUGGUGACUGUACUGCACUAACGGAAGCAAUCAAACACAAUUCAACAAUAACGCAAUUGGAUUUGUCAAACAAUAUCCUUGGUGCUGGUGAAUUUGGUGCACUGGUGGAAGCAAUCAUUUGCAAUUCAACAAUAACACGGUUGGAUUUGUCACACAAUGACAUCGAUGCUGGUAACUGUACUGCACUGGCGGAAGCAAUCAUUUGCAAUUCUACAAUAACACAAAUAAAUUUGUCAAACAAUGGCCUUGGUUUUGGUGACUGCACAGCACUGGCGGAAGCAAUUAAACACAAUUCAACAAUAACGCAUUUGGAUUUGUCCUUUAAUAGCCUUGGUGCUGGUGACUUUACUGCACUGGCGGAAGCAAUCAAACACCAUUCAACAUUGACACAGUUGGAUUUGUCAAGCAAUCUCCUUGAUGAUUCUGACCGUAAUGUAUUGGCGGAAGCAAUCAGACACAAUUCAACAAUAACGCUGUUGGAUUUGUCACACAAUCUCCUUGGUACUGGUGACUGUACUGCACUGGCAGAAGCAAUCAAACAUAAUUCAACAUUAACACAGUUGGAUUUGUCACGCAAUGGCUUUGGUACUGGUGACUGCACUGCACUGGCUGAAGCAAUCAAACACAAUUCAACAAUAACACAGUUGGAUUUGUUACACAAUCAACUCGGGAACGGUGACUGCACUGGUUGA